AUGGAGGACUCCACCAGACGCGUGCUGCAGAGACUCAUCCGCCGGAUUCCGACUCCACGGUUAGAAACCACGCUGGAGAAGUGGGGUCGUCUGACGGUGGCGCAGCGGGGGGCCAUGGACUACACCCAGACCAAGUGGUCGCUGACAGAGAAGCUGCUGUCUCUCUGUGAGGAAAACGACUGGACAAUGAAACACAUCACAGAGCUGGAGAUGAUUUAUGUGAUCGACAACCCAAACCAGGGGACGUGGCACGGCUUCCAGCUCCUGGACCCUGAAGAUGAUGCUCACUCUGUCGAGCUGACACAGUUCAAGGAGCAGUUGAAGUCUCACCUCGGGGAGCUUGCAAGACAUGUGUCUGUCAAAAUAAAGAAGCACACAGACGAAGCUGUCUGGAUUCGGAUCGCAUGGGGAGACAGCUUCUCUCGGCCCAAUCACCUGAAACCAACAUAUGUUGUUCACCACCUUCAAACCCCGUAUGUCUUUGUGACCGGUCUACCUUCAAAACUUAAGCCCAUGUUAUCCCAGGCCCUGGUUCUGUCCACCAGACAUCUCACUAUUAAGGAUGCUAACCUCAGUGGACGGAAACUCACUGCCAUCAGGGACUUGCUGAUGAAGCAGUAUCAACAGGUGUUUCCCACUAACUUCCCCAGCCCUCUUGCAGAAAAGAAUGAAACUGUCUCAAACCCACAAAUAGAAAGAGAACAAGCUGGACCUGGAGCACACAGACAUCAGAUGGCCUGUGAGGCCUUUGGUGAUGGGAUGUUGCCUCAACUACAGGCUGGAGUUUACAAGCUGGAGACAAAAUUCAAAGACCACACCAACAGGACCAUGACAGAGCGGGACGAGCCUUUCAAAUGCAUCGUCAAGUUUGAAAGCACCAACCUCCUGGAAUCACUCAGACACUGUGCAGCCUCAGGCAUUGCCUCCACCCCUGUCACCCCCCUGCUGUCAUCUAUUCCUUUAAAGGGAAGGAAUUAUUUUGUCAUCACUGAUAAUGGCCCCGGUCCCUCCUCGUAA